AGCAGCGCUGACAUCGGCGCUUGAAAAAUUUAUUCCCCCUCUCCUCUCCUUAUAAGUGGUUGAGCAUCGAACACGUUCGUGUAGGUUCGGUAUUGCGUCACCCCGUAUUCCAUACUUUAUACGUACGCAGCGCUGACAUCGGCGCUUAAAACCGUUUAAUCCCCCCCCCCUUCCCUCUCCUUAUAAUUGGUUGAAGAAUUGAACGCGUUCGUGCGUGCAUGUUCAGUAUUGAGUCAACCACUGUGCGUGCGUGCAAAACCUAACCAGCAGCAAUGUACUCCGCUGAGGGAAGCAGAAUGAACUAUUACGUUCUGCUUCGGGACGUUCCACCGAAGCAAUGUACCUGCGUUUUACCCACGCGUCGUGCAGUUCGCAUACUGGGCAGGAGAUACGCGCUGACGGCUACGGGAUAUAAGUACCUGGACAUCGACAUCAACGUCGGUCCGCCGAGCUACGUCGAGAUCGCGAUAGGCGAUCAUCGAGGAAACGGGCUGAGCCUGUCUCUCGAAACGUGGAAGGGACUCUACGAACAACGAUGGGACAUUCAGGACCGUCUCUGCAAGGAUGUUCGCGGCCGUCCUAUCACCGUUGGACCGUUGACGGUGCGAUUCAGUGCGAUGAACGAUACCAAACUCGUGUGUCUGGAUUCGUCCGACGUACGGUUGAUGAUGACCGAAUCGACGUUCCUCACCAUGAUUAACCUGGACCGCUGCAUCGAGCUGACGUACGCUCAGUUGGAUCGUGUCGUGGAUAAAGUCGAAGCAAAGGUUGCGCAAUUUUCGAAUAUCGCGUCCGCUGAGACGAAAGAUGCGUCGAACGCAAUACGCGCUAGCGAAUUCUUCAACGGAAACCACAUUAUAGAUUGUGAGCUGUUGGCUCUGGUUUUUGAUACACCGAUGUAAGAGAACAUACAAUAAAAAAUUCUUUUACAUGUAUAA